GUUUCUCAAGAUGGCAGCUGGGUGCUACCGAAACUGUUGAAUUUAGUAUCAAUGUUUAUGUUUAUCGACUUUUCUUGUGUAUAAACAAAAGAAUAUCUUUGAUAAUACUGUUAUAGAUUAAGGUACACAGAAAAUAAAAUAUGAAUUUCAUACUUCAGAAGUUAUCGCAGAUAAUCCCCUCCAGGUCAUAUUGUCCGUCAUUAUCAUUAGGAUCAUCAUUACUUGGUGGUCCUACAAGUUGGAUACGCACCAUGGCGACACUCCAUCGAAUGCACCGCACAGGUCCUCACUACAAAAAGCGACCACCACGGAAACCUCUUGAUGGUAAGCCAUUUGCCAAAGGGGUUGUACUGAAGACUCUUAUCAAGAAACCAAAGAAACCAAACUCUGCAAACAGGAAGUGCGUGUUGGUACGACUGAGUUCCGGCAAAGAGAUGGUGGCGUAUGUCCCAGGAAUUGGACACAAUCUGCAGGAACACAGCAUAGUGCUGUGUCGUGUUGGCCGAUGUCAAGAUGUGCCUGGCGUUAAAAUCAGAUGUGUUCGUGGUAAAUAUGAUCUAUCACAUGUCAUUAAGAAGUAGCUAUUAUUUGCUGGCUGAGUAGUUUUGAGUGUAAGGGUUGCAGUACCGGUGAAAUGUGGUGGCACACCCCUGAAUUAUGGAUGUCUGUGUUACACAGAUUAUUAAAACUUCAAGCAGAACUAAUUUCUUUGUAAUGAUUGUUUUUAAGGAAUUGAUUUUGCAUAUUCACGUGUCAAAGAUGUGGGACAUCUUGUAUUAAGGUUCCGGUUCCCAUCCAGUUUUGCACUGCAUUUUAUUGCCAUGGAAAGAAGUGUAAAUAGCAUGCCUGAAGGAGCACAGAAAGUGUUUUUCUGUUACAUUUGUGAACCAGACAAGCUUGCAUAGGAAUGUAUCCCUACACAGGCCAUAAUGUGGGCAGCAAUAAAAGAAUACAGUGUCAGAAGGGUAAAAUCUGUUCUUGCAACAGGCUGUGAAGGCCCAUAUGGUUGUGAAACACUGAGGCUCCCACAUAUUCUAGACAGUUGGCUCACAGU